UGGUGCCCAAACAAUUUUAAGUGUGGUAUGAGCUGUUUAUGUCACUGAGUAAAAUUAGAUACGCCUGUUGCUAAUACGAGGGGAUGAAACAUGAGACAAGGCCAAACACGUGAGAGCCUUUUCUUCCAGGCACAGUCAGUGAAUUCUGAAGCCCCAAAUCCUUCACUCAUUCUGCAAGUAAGGGGAAAGUUUGAAACAUUGUCUCUGAUAGAGCCGGAGGACUGUAGUAAUUCCCCAGUGGGUUUUUUAAUACAUCUAAGAUGGUCCGUGAACAAUACACUACAACCACAGAAGGCACCCACAUACAGAGGCCAGAGAACCAGUGUGUCUACAAGAUUGGCAUUUAUGGCUGGAGAAAGCGUUGUCUGUACUUAUUUGUUCUUCUUUUACUCAUCAUCCUCCUCGUGAAUUUUGCUCUUACAAUUUGGAUUCUUAAAGUGAUGUGGUUUUCCCCAACAGGAAUGGGUCACUUGCGUGUUACAAAAGAUGGUCUUCGCCUAGAAGGAGAAUCAGAAUUUUUAUUCCCAUUGUAUGCCAAGGAAAUACACUCCAGAGUGGACUCAUCUCUUCUUCUGCAGUCAACUCAGAAUGUGACUGUCAAUGCACGCAACUCUGAAGGAGAGGUCACGGGCAGAUUAAAAGUGGGUCCCAAAAUGGUAGAAGUCCAGAGUCAACAGUUUCAGAUCAACUCCAAGGAUGGCAAGACACUAUUUACUGUCGAUGAAAAGGAAGUUGUGGUUGGUACAGAUAAACUUCGAGUAACUGGGCCCGAGGGUGCUCUUUUUGAACAUUCAGUGGAGACCCCCCUCGUAAGAGCCGACCCAUUUCAGGACCUCAGAUUAGAAUCCCCCACACGGAGUCUAAGCAUGGAUGCCCCAAAGGGUGUUCAUAUUAAAGCUCAUGCUGGGAAAAUUGAGGCUCUUUCUCAAAUGGAUAUCAUUUUUCAAAGUAGUGAUGGAAUGCUUGUGCUUGAUGCUGAAACUGUGUGUUUACCCAAGUUGGUUCAGGGGACUCAGAGUGCCGCCGGCAACUCACAGAGACUGUAUGAAAUCUGUGUGUGUCCGGAUGGGAAGCUUUACCUGUCUGUGGCUGGCGCAGGUACCACGUGCCAUGAAAACAGUCACAUCUGUCUCUAAAGCCCCUGAGUUGUCCACGGAGCACCUGCCUCAUUUCAGUGAGCUUUAUAGAUGCUGACCUCAAGCCUUCACACCAAGAAACCUGACUUCUGAUGGAUGGUGGAUGGAAAGUAGGAGGGCACGCUUUCAAAAGGAACUCAGAAAAAUGUACCAGUGAUGGUGUUCUGAUGAAAACACAUGAUCUCAGAGUGGUAUGUGCAUAUUAGACACAAAAGUCUGGCAAUAACAAAAAAAAAAAGUCUUUAUUCCACUAGGUUUAUUUUCAUCAGCACCAUUGUGACUUUUUCUUUCUUGUGGAUAAUCACUCUACAAUGAAAUAUUUAAUUGCCCUGUGGAAUUAAUUUAUGCUGUUCAACUGUGAAUAUCUAACUCCCCAUAAAAGUAACAUUUGUCAAUACUAAAAUGCCCCCAAAGUUCCAUGUGCUGUUCCCACUAUAUCACCCAAACCCACAAGUUCUCUCAUUUUAAUGCAAAGUGUGUCAGGUUUCACAAGAAAUCGUCAGGUUUUGAGGGGACUUGAGUUGAUCUGAUUUUCAAUAUGUAAUCAAAAGAAUAAAUUAUAUAAAAUCAAUCAUGUUUUCUUUAUAUAUAUAGUCAUAAGCAAUAAAAAUCAACCUACAUUUUUCAUAAA